AUGCCGUCAGGCAACAACAACCAGCGAGUCAUUCAUGGCCCGUUGCAUGAAUGUUACACCUGCGGCGACCAAUUCCUCCUGCACGAAGAGGUGAUCCUGCACAUGACCAACGAGGGCCACUGGCCAACCUGUGAGAUUUGCGGAGACCGCUUCCGCCGGGUGACGCAGCUGGAGAUGCACUUGGAGAGAUGGCACUACUUCCGCUGCAAGGAAUGCCAGAAGGCGUUUGCCACGCAGCGUGGCCUUGUCGACCACAUGAGGGCCAAGGGCCACGAAGGCCCCAUCCACAAGUGCCGCACCUGCAAUCUCAUGUACCAGACGGAGGCUGCCAGAGACCGUCACCAGAAUGCCAAAGGCCAUUAG